AUGCCCUCGAAAUUCUCCCUGUUCAAAUCCAACCGUUCCCAGGCUUCCCUGACCGGGCAACCAGAAAGAGGCGACGACGACGAUCAGCUCCGCCAAACGCUUCCGCCCGAGUCAGACGCGGCACCUGCACGCUGGUCGCCUGGCUUCCCACAGCUGGGCCCUCGAUCACCUCUGCCCAAUACUUUUCCAAAUCCAAGCCCUACAUCCGCAGAAUUUGACCUUCUGCAGACGUCUGACUAUAUUGAACGAACCCCGCGGACCGCUUUACCCACACGGUCACAGAGUCAACGGUACUCUCGUGCCAGCUACAAAGAUCUUUCCUUGUCUGCGGCCGAGGACCCUUUUUCUCGGUCAACCCAAGACCCGGAUAGCUCCACGCAUCCCACAGAACAGAAACGGUCAAAAAGAUCCUUCUUUGGCCUCGGUCAUCACUCCUCAUCCGCAUCCUCGUCCAAGGAGAGUUCCCCAUUGAUUGGGGGAGACCAGUUUCGACAGGGCCAAACCUCAACCCCGAGCCAUCACAACACAGCUCUCGGGCGGUCUGUGUCUCUUCGACGAAGAGACGGGCGAUCGCCUCAAAUUGAUUCUGGCCCUUUUAAACUUCAGCAAGCUCGGAUUCCACCUAGAGCCUCAUCUCGACUUCCCGCUCCUGGCGAGGUAGACGAACACGAAGACCUCGAUCACUAUCUAACAAAACCCCCACAAUUGCAACUCCCCCCUUCAAACGAAGAUUACGCCAACCAAGGAUUUUAUAGACAGCAGCCGCCCCGGCUAGAUACCGAGCAAGCAUAUCAAGACCAACAACGACAGCAACCCCGAGAACACAGCACGCCAGACUCCCCAGAAAGGUAUAGACAACUUCAAUACCAGCAAGACCUGCCGCAGCAGCACCGUCAAGCCUCCUUUCAAUCUACCUUAUCAAACACACAAACACACAAUCCACAUCGUACAGAAUCACCGGCGUACCAACAACGACAAGACAUUAUCUUGAAUAGGCACCGCUCGCAACUCCAACAAUACCAAGCCUACGACCCUCAACUAGCGACGCAACCUUUGCAUCAACAGCCUGGGCCUCCAACUGGGUUACCCCCACAGUCUCGACAGUCUCCCGAAUUGAGCUUACCAAACAUGCAAAGCGGACAGACAAAAGAGAAUUCCAAUCUCCAACCUUUCCCUCAGGGUAGCCAAGGAGUGAGCCAACCACCGACACCUGGCCUAUCUCCAUUCGGAACACCGUCCACUCCAGCGCCACAGGGCCAAAUUUUCCGGGGCACCGUACAGCAACAGGUUACAAAUGAGCAAGGACGAGAAGCAGCUCAGAGUAGAUCCAACGACGGCGGUAAUGGCGACGUUGCACAGCUUGCCGACCGCCAUGCUGAGCUACAGGCGAAAUAUCUCAAAGUGAAGAAAUUGUUUUUCGACCGAGGCGUUCAAAUUCAGCAGCUGCAGAAUGUCAUUGCUAACCAGCGAAUGUCGCUAUCCCGGACCUCUUUAGACGACAACGAAUAUGCAACCAGGUUCAAUCGUCUGGACGGCGCUAUCAAUAACUUUUCCUUCAACAUUCGCAAGGACUGGAAGUUGAUCCCACCGUGGCUCCAGCCUGUGGUUAGCCAGGAUGCGAUCCGGACGGGAACUAAGGAAAUGACCACAAUCGGACGAACAUUCAUUUCGCACUGGAUCUACAACGAGGUCUUUGAUCGACACUUCCAUCCUGCUAUUGAACCUUCUCUCUCAACGCAACUCAAGAUCAUCGAGAAGAACCUUUGGCGUUUUGCUCCGCCGGCUCACAGCAAAGAAGAGGAAGAAGCAAUCACCUCCAGGAUCGCUAACUGGCGUUUCGCCACGAUCGACGGGCUUCGGGAAAGCUUGAAUGCACCUGCGAUUGAUUACAAAGCCCAACUCACGACGUCGCUUGUCGAGAAGCUGACGGCCAGCCUCCAAAUGAAUCUAAAUGACCCACCGCCACCAGGCCUUGAAGGUGGCAUCUCGAUGAUUAUUGAAUUAGCAAUUGGAAUUGCUUCAAACUUGCCGCUCGAAAGUCGCGAUAUCUAUGUAAAAUACUUCAUGCCCGGGAAUCCUAUUACUCAGGAGCUUAUGCGAAUCGAAACGAGUCUUCCCAGUCUCCAGGGCUCACCGUCCGUCGCCGACGCUCUUGCUUCUGAAGCUGCCGGCAACGAGAAAGCAUCUGCAUCCGGCACCGAGACGUCCACCCCACUUCAGCGGCGUGACUCGGGAACCUCAGAUGCAGAAUCUGCCAGUCUCAAGGGGGAAACGCCAUCUUCGAGAAAGAAGGGUGGUAUCCUUGGUGGCCUAAUGAAUAAAAAGUCAUCUCAGCAGUCGACGCACAGUUCCUCGCCUUCAUCCUCGUCAGGACAAGCUGCAGGAACGAGCGAAGCCAAGUACCAAACAUCCAAUGCUGGUCUAAACAAUGCGUCCCACGCAUCUCAGUCUUCAUCAGGCAGCUCUACUGUCGACAAAGAAGGCGGCGGCGCCGGAAACUUUGGAUCAAAUGAAAGCCAAAAAGUGCGCUUCUCGCCCUUCAUGGCCAUUGGUAUCCGUGGCAAGGGAGUGCUCGUUCAGGCGCCGGUUUUUGUCUGA